UAAAUUGUAAAUACUUUUGUUGGUGUCCUUAAAGUUGACGGACCUGGAGAAAUGUUUCUCCUAAGGGUGUGAAGCUCUCAGCAGAAUAAACAGCUUGACAACCGCCUUUGCGUUUGACAACUCAAUGAAGCUACUGUCACUAGUUGGUGUGAAUAGAGACGAAUAAAUGGUGCUUCAUACAUGGCUGUAGCAGCCUACAGACUUCAGAGUCUCUAUCCCAGUGUGGCACACAUCACUUGCCUUGCACACGCAUUGUACAGAGCUGUAGAAGAGGUGAAAUUAAAUUGCACUGAUGUAAGCCAACCGAUCUCCUCUAGCAAGAAAAUCUAUGUGAAAUCUCCACUAAGAGUACAAAAAUUAAAGAACAGGGGGCUUCCCUCCAUUUCCCCCUCAGCUUGUACUUACACAAUGAGGUUCUUGGGUUAAUGUUGUUGAGUAUUACUGUACCUAUUACACCAAAACAAGACGAUCUUUUCUGAGCCUGAUAGUGAUUAAUAAAGUGCUAUCAGAACUGCCAAAGAGUUCUUUACAGAUACGUUGUCUCUAAACUUGACAUACAUCAACGCGCUGUGUCAUCCGAACAAGACACAGGUGCAAAGAUGCGAGCUGGUGCCAGUGCCAUAGAGACUCUCCACUUGCGCGAGUUCCACCUGCGCCACGUCGGCGCUGAGCAUGGAGGUAAGAAUAGAGGGAGACGCCGUGAUGUCACAGCUGUGAAGCUAUGUGAAGCCGAGGGUAGCCAUCUCAAUCCGACCAAAACAUUGCUGCUGUAAGCUUGUGUGCAUAGGCUGGUCGCUCACUUUUGGAAGGAUUUUGCGCUAUUAUGGUGACUUGUGUGGUGUUCGGAUGUACGAAUCUUUCUGAUUGUGAUGCGAAAUCGAAGGGAAUAACAUUUCAUGUAUUUCCUAAAAAUGAAAGUCGGAAAGCUCUGUGGGAGAAUGCCGUGAGGAGGAAGAAUUGGUGUGCGUCUAAAUGGAGCACUAUAUGUUCUCAGCAUUUCCGAGAAGAGGACAUAGACUGAACUUCCGUUUCAACAGUAAGGCUCCGAGAAAAUGCUGUACCAUCAGUUUUCCCUACACACCCAAAACAUUUGCAAAAGGAUUGUCAGCGAACAUGGCGUUAUCGUUUGAACAAAGGAAAUGGAUGCUAAAGUGUUACUGGAAAACAGAGAAUUACAGAGUUGGAAGGGCACGAUGUAAUGAAAUCAAUUGCCUAUCAAUGUAUGUGUCAAGGUCUCACUGCAAUAUUGUGAAGAAAGACAAAGGAUUAUACAUAAUAGAUGGUGGGAUAAAUUAUGUUGUAAUGCGAGGUUUUAAUGAAGAUGAAGUGUGCAGUUUUGUGGAGUUAACAAAAGAGAAAAAUGUUGAUGUAAGAUUUAUCGAGUACAUGCCUUUCAGCGGCAACAAAUGGAAUGAUGGGAACAUGGUCUCAUUUAGUGAAAUGCUCCAAAUAAUUAGAAAGCAGUGGACUAAUUUUGAUCCUCUUCCCAAUGGGCCCAAUGAUACCUCAAAGAGAUGCAAUACGAAGCAAAUGCAGUGAGGAUGACUUGCUUGCCAUGAUUGGGGCAGCAGUGAGAAGAAAGAAGAAACAACAUGGAGGCAUGCUGAACCUGUCAAAGACGAAGAAUCGGCCAAUGAUUCAUAUUGGAGGAUAACAGUGUCCCUGAACUUAAUGGCUGUAGUGAUGUCGUGAAGGCACAAAGUCGGAAGUUGUUAAACCUUCAGAAACAAGAUUUUCAAAAGUACUUCUUCUCAGAUACCAAUAUUUCGCCCCUGUUUGUGUCGGAUACAUAGAUGUCUCAGUUGUUGUCACAUAAUUUGAGUGU